AUGAUGUUGAAGUGAUCUUUUUCUGUUAUUGUUAUUCUUUAGAUAGAUUGGGGUCGCGUCCCUGAGCAAGGAGGAGGAGGAAAAGGAGGAUGGUGGUGAUAAAUGUGAAGGAGUCGACGAUUGUUCGACCGGAGGCGAAGACGCCGCGGGUGGUGAUUUGGAAUUCCAACGUCGACUUGGUGGUGGUGGAUAUCCACCUUCCGACGGUGUACUUCUACAGGCCGACGGCGGCGGGUGCGUCGAGUUUCUUCGACGCUAAGGUUCUGAAGGAGGCUCUGAGCAAGGCUCUGGUGCCUUACCCAGUGGCUGGGCGGCUUCGCCGGGACGACCACGGCCGCGUAGAAAUUGACUGCAAUGGCGAAGGCGUCCUCUUCGUCGAGGCCGAAACCGAUAACGUCAUUGACGAUUUCGGUGACUUCGCUCCGACGCUUGAACUCCGGCAGCUCAUUCCUGCCGUGGAUUAUUCCCGGGGAAUCGAAACUUAUCCCAUUUUUGUGUCACAGGUAACACAUUUCAACUGUGGAGGGGUGUCAUUUGGGGUUGGUAUGCAUCAUUAUGCAGCAGAUGGAUAUUCUGGUCUUCACUUUGUCAACACAUGGUCAGACAUGACUCGUGGCCUUGAUCUCACCCUCUCUCCCUUCAUCGACCGGACCCUUCUCCGAGCCCGGAACCCUCCUCGGCCGGUAUUCGAUCAUGUCGAAUUCAAACCGCCUCCGGCCAUGACCACUCCCUCCUCCUCACCACCACCACCAGCUGCAGUAUCUAUUUUCAAAAUAACUCGUGACCACAUAAAUCUCCUGAAAUCCAGGUCCAAAGAAAAUGGCAACACAAUCAAUUAUAGUUCCUACGAGAUGUUGGCUGGCCAUGUGUGGAAAAACGUGUCCAAGGCACGUGACUUACCCCAUGAUCAAGAAACCAAACUGUACAUUGCUACUGAUGGAAGGUCUAGAUUGAAGCCAGAGCUCCCAGAAGGUUACUUUGGGAAUGUGGUGUUCAUGGCCACACCAAUGGCUCUGGCUGGUGAAAUCAUAUCAAAUCCAACUUGGCAUGCUGCAAGAAAAAUCCAUGAGGCUUUGGUGAGAAUGGACGAUGAGUAUUUGAGGUCGGCUUUGGAUUACUUGGAGCUUCAACCUGAUUUGAAAGUCCUUGUUCGGGGGGCUCAUACCUUUAAGUGUCCCAAUUUGGGGAUCACUAGUUGGGUUAGAUUGCCAAUACAUUAUGCUGAUUUUGGAUGGGGGAGGCCUAUUUUUAUGGGACCUGCUGGGAUUGCGUACGAGGGACUGUCUUAUAUAAUUCCAAGUUCAUCUAAUGAUGGCAGCUUCUCUCUCGCCAUUGCUCUCCUUCCUGACCAUAUGAAAGUGUUUCAGGAAUUGUUAUAUGACAUCUAGUUGUUUUUCUUCUUUUUUUCUCUUGUAUAUGGACCUAAGUGUGUGUUUGAAUUAUACUACCUCUCGUCCUAAUUAUAAGACCUUAUUUAUAGUUUACAAA